CUUGGAACAGGUAUCAGGGUUGAGACAAGAAUUGUCGUUAGCCAAUGACCGAGCAACAAGAACUUCUACCGAACUCACUGAAGCGCAAACUGAGCUCCGCAGUAUCAAGGAAAAGGCUGACACGGAAGAAAGAGCACGCGAGACGUUGGAGGUGGAGUUGGCGCAACUGAAACUGAAGAAGGAACAAAAAGAAGAUAAAAUGAAACUCGAAAUAGAGGCAUUAACGUUGAAGGCGCAACAAGACGUGUCAGAGGUGGCAUCUUCUGGCAAAAAUCUGGGUUCGCCAGAGCAAAUCGCUGCCGAAAUGGAGCAGAAGGCUAUGAUUGUAAUCAGUCAUGCUCAUGGUUCCCUCAUAGUCAUGGUUGUGGUACUUCAAAAAUGCGUUUGUUGUAACUAAGUAGGUGCGCAAGUAGUUGUAACCCCUCUAGCUCUAUCCAUUCUAUCCUCCCCCCCUUUUUUUGAAGAUGAACACGACACACACUUUCAUUCUUGCACUAAACUAUUACUUCUACUCCUAGCUGCCGCUUCUAUUACUUGAACUUGUAGCUCCCUCUACCUCUUGUUCUUCUAAGCACAGAAGUUUAUCCGCUACGAAUAGCGGUGCCGCGACGCCUGUGAUUGUCAAAGUACCUACCGUCACCCCAGCUGCACGUAUGACUAGUCUAGAGAGUCAAGUUUUAGGUUUAGAAAAAGCCUUAGAACGCGAGAAGCAGAGGUUUGCGAUGGAAAAACUAGCACUACAAGCCCAACUCGAGGAAGAACAAAAGAUCUUUGCAGACAAAAUGAAGGAAAAGGAGGUCUUGCUGGAGAAAGUUCUUAGGCAGGAGAAGAAGAAUGCUGAUGCUCUAGAAGUUGUGAAGAUAACUACUGAUGGAGCAGGAACUACAAGAACAGAACAAGAAAAACAAAAACUUCUAGGAUCCUCAGAACAAGGUGCAAUAGCAACAGCAAGAACAGGAACGAAGGCUGAAGCUCAUCAUGAUGAACAAGACCCUUUGGCUGCUUAUGCUGCACGGAUAAAUACUGGCUGUUCAAAUACUGAAAAUACUAGGAACGAAGUCCAGCUACGUUUAAAGGUAGAACAGGCUAGACAGGAAGAAGCAGACCGAUGGGAAGCCAAACUAGCGAAGCAACAGACUGCGGCUGAUGACGCAUCGACAUUACUCAAGUUGCUGCACGAACAGGAGAUAACCACCGAAAAGGAACGCGCAGAGGCUGAUGCCGAUGCAAAAUUUAAGGCUACUAGUUCAAAAUCACUAGAAUCAAUCUACUGGUAUGAAUCAUAGAUGGAUUCAUCUGAGUGGACGAAAGAAGGCAAGUCACAACUACUCAGCAAUCAGGGAUGGUGAUUCUGUGUGGACGAAAGAAGGCAAGUGACAACUCAUCAAUCAGUUACUCAACCUCCCGGUCGAGAUAUUGACGCAUUUUUGGCUCCUGGCGCUUCUAACAGUUGGCGUACAAAAGUCGCAGAGCUUGAGGCUGCUCAUGCAAAAGCCUUAGCCGCAAGUCGUGAACGCGCAGAACGCCUACUGGUGAUGUCGUCUUCGUCUGACGUCGACAAAACUGAUUCGAAAAAAAUGAACGAUAAAAAAGACGCACAACAGCCUUUACCAUCUUCAACAACAAACCCCAACGCCACAACAGCUUGUAACGCGGAUCUGUUAGCGCUACGACUCCGAAACGCGAGCCUAGAAAGCGACCUAGAGGAGCUAAGAGCUGAGCUGGAUCGUGCAAAAGAAGACGUGGUGGAACAAAGUACGAGAUUACAGAAGAAAAUGCAAGAACAGGCAAGGAGACUGCCAAGCCCAGCGGAACUGGGGUUGUACUUAUGACUUAGAUCAUUUCGAUCUGUAGAAGAGCUUGAAGCUGAGUGAAGGUUUUGCACUAUGACCUGAAGACAAACGCAAGGGGCGGACGCGGUGGCUGCUCUUCGUUCCUCCCGGUGCGCUGUCGCUUUUCAGUACGGCCCGCGGCAGAUGGGGGACACGUGGCGCACUGCGCUGGUGUUGCGUUUUCGCAGUCCGGAGCGUCUGAGAGCUGGCCGCCAUGGGGCGCGCUUGGCGGGUGAAUUUUUUCCCGCUUGUCGGUCUCGUUGUCUGAGGUCGAGGCAAUUGACAAAGGGGGCGGCGACAGUAGUGGGCUUGUUGUCUUACGAUGGAGAGGCGGGGCCGCCAGUCGAAGACGUGAAGGGCCAACCCCGGCGGCGUAGUUUCUUCGCGUCGUGGAAUUUUCUUGCUGCAGGUCUGCCCGCGCGCGUGUAUCCGCCAGCCUUUUCGGUGAUUGGUGUGUAUGCGCGCAGCACGCUGUCGCAAGACGUAAGGAAAGAGGAAGCGGAAGCGGAGGGGCAGCGCCUUGCCGCUGGUGCGGGCGCAAAGAGUGGGGGGCAGGCCGCUCCUGUCUUGGUCGCGCGGGGGCCCUGGAAGGAGGCGGGCGGCGCGACAGGCCAGCGAGUUCAUUUGGCGCCGCUCCGCGGAGUGUCGAAACAUGUGGAAGAAACUGACUUGGCUGCGAGGUCGCUCCACAGCUUGCAAGCGGCUGAAGGGGGAGCGGGCGCGAUAGGGUGACAGCGCGGGAGCGGCAGGGAGCACCGUCGGGCGUUAGAAUCGCAGACGACACGCGCCCCGCGUCGCGGAUGUGUGCGGCACAGGAGCAGGCGGCUGCGUCUGGCACUCGGGGGCGCUGUGGCUCUGUCCAGUCAUGUCGGCCGAACAAAAUCAAACGCAGGCGCAGCCGAGUAGCUGCCACGAAGCUCAUACUAUCGGAGGUGGCUCGAUAUUUCGCGCUGGUGUCGCGUCAGCUCGUCGGAAGAAGUUCGGCCAGUAGGUACUGCAACCACCUGCAGGGGCGGCCAGGGCUAAGGCAUUUAAUUCGACAGAGCGCGCUGAGGCUGAGCCGUCUGGGAAGGCGUCAGGAUAUUUAUGGCAGCGAAGGAGAGCAGGCGGCGCGUUUUUGUUGUUCUUGUUCUGUUGCUGUGUCUCUCUGUUCUUGUUGUUGUUGCGUCAGUCUUCUUGCUUCUGUUGUUGUUGCGUCUUCCUGCCACUGGGCAGGUGCUUGCGCUCCGCUCCGGAGGGUCUCUUGUUCGAAUUCUGGAAGGGACUCGCCUGGCAGGGAGGUGGCUUUCAGGCUGGUCGCCGCCCCACACCCAGGGGCGAAAAGCGUGGGGACUGCGGUGCGCCAGACAGUGCGGGGAGAUGACACCUCGCGGAACCCUCCGAGCAGCUAACGGCACCGCGCCCACGCGGUCCAUCGUGUGGCUCAAAACCUUGGCCAUGACUGGACUGCUGAGUAGCCGGGUCGGGUGAUGCAUAAACGCAGGGGGCGCCCCCUUCUGUUGCUGUUGCUGUAUCUUUCUGCCCCUGAUUUCGUUGCUCCUGUUGUUGUGCAGUCUCUCUGCCUCUUUUGUUGUUGUUGUUGUUGUUGUUGUUGUAUGUGUACUAUCUUUCUGCCACUGUUGUAACCAUUGUUCACAGGCCCUGUAAGAGUUCUCUAAGCAGGAUUAAACUAAAAGCGUCGUAGGGGUCCCUUACUGUUCACAUGAAAAGCGUCCUCUGGGUCUCGGGGCGUGUUUCGCGGUUUUUAAUGUAUCUUAAAUAGAGUAUAAAAAGGUUCCCGUUCUUGUCAUUUCACCAGACAGCAAGGAUCCCUCCUUCUUCCUGCUUCUAGUUCUACCUCGCCUCUCUCUACAUCCACGUCCCCCUCUCUAAGCCUCCGCACCGAACUAGAACAUGUCCGUAAGCAGCUUGUCGAUGCGAGAACCGACAAGAAGGCUGUGGCGCGUGAGGUAGUCGAUCUACAACGUGCUAUGUUAAGACUAGUUUAUCACUAUUUUCCCUUCAUGUUCUUGUUCUCUGGAGCACUUCUUCUACAUAUACCAUCUUCUCUCCAUUUGGACAAGUAUGCUGAGUGGAUCCCCCCUUGAUUUCGAUUUGAAGCGGAAGCUAAGAAGGGGAAACUAAACUAAGAGGGAUGGACCCAGGGAGUCCCACGAGCAGGACUCAGCCAAAACGUUGUGAAAACCCAGCGCUAACUAUGGAUGCCGAAAGAGCAGAGCUAAAACAAGAUUUGGCAGAUUCACAACGUACGUUAAAAAUGGAAUCCGAGAAAUUUGAAAGCGAAAAAUUCCUACUGGGGAAACAGAUCUUAUGGAUGACGGUGAGCAGAUGCUUAAGCUUAUUGUUAUUCUUUCUGUUCCCCGUGUGUUGUUCUUGUUCUCUUUUCGAUUUCGUUUUCGUUUACUUAGUCUAAGUUAGACUAAAGACUUUCAUAUUGAUGUUAGACUGUCUAACAAUUAUAAAAACGGAUACGCACCAUUAUAAUUAUCCAAUCGGAAUCGCUGUCUUUUUCUUCAUCUUUACAAUCAACAAAGUAAGACGGGGUCGUGACAUCAACAUACAACUCUAAUCCCUUCCGGUCUCAAAUCCGACAAAGAUACUCUUCUUCAAGAAAUGGCGGACAAGGAACAACGAGCUCGCGAUCGGGAGAAUGAUAGGCGUCGAGAAUUAGACCUGGCUGAAACGCGUGCCCGCGAAAAAGAAUUCGAGGUGCAGGAGAAAGCUCUGGCUUUAGAAUUGAUCACGACGGAGAGGGAUCGGAUUGCAGAAGAUAGACGAAGACUCCUUUCGGAAAAGGAAAAGCUCCAGUCGGAAAAAGAGCACGAGGCAGAGGCAAAAAUAGCGAUGGAGUCUGAGCUUUCCACUGAAAAACGCAAACGCGAGACGCAACUUGCGGAAGUGGAGGUGGGGAAAAAAGCGUUAGUGUUAUGAAGACGAACUAGUCGUACUAGAACCAACUAAAAAGUACUACAAGUAGAGCAGAACAAGGCUAAAUGCUUAAUGCAUGCGUAGAAGGUACUAAAAAGUACUACAAGUAGAGCAGAGCAAGGCGAAAUAUUUUUUGAUGCAUGAUGCGUACUACUACUACUCGUCCAGGACGUUGGAACAUUUUCUCGCGUCAAUCUGAAUCAGAUAGAGAUAGCACACUAGGAAGCGUCUUCUAACUCCCGCACAAGUAGGAGACUUACGCGCUUCGAAUGCCACCAACGAAGCUGAGGUGAAGAGAUUGGAGCGUUUAUUGGCUGAUAAAAUUCGAGACAAGGAGAUGACGAUCAAGACGUUGAAACUAGAGUUAAGGCUCCUCACCCUAAAAAUCCAUCUCCAGUUCCUUCCGUCCAGGAGAAGCAUCUUCCUCUUCUCGUGGGGACGUUUUCAAGGGGAAAACGGCCUUGAGGUGGUGGUCGUCGAGAUGGAUUGGAGCGAGCUCUAAUAUAGGUUGCGGAAUUGACUGAGAAAGUGAACAAGCUUAACGGUGCUGAUGAAGAAGAUGCAAGGGAUGGGACUUCUAAUCGUACCGACAAUCGAGGAAGGAGAGGAGUUGUGCCAGAAGCAGGCUCCGGGCUGCUUCCAGCAGCUUCUUCUUCUGCUGCUAACAAAAUGAUUUCUUCCACAACUACAUCUAGCAUGGUGCGUGAGACCGAAACAGUAUCGACGCAUUUUCACGCCCGUUCUUCCUCGCAACCACCGAUGUUUCGUGGUGCGAGUGCAGAUCGCAGCACAUCAUUAGUCAUCGGGGCAGGAGAGAGUCCUGCGAAACACGAAAUACUUCUGUUUGGAGGUUCUGCUGGUCCAUCAGUGGACGUUGCUGGUUUAGGUGCUGCUGUUGGAGCGAACCAAGCUGUUGAAGAGUCUUGUGGUUCUCCCCGUUUUGCUAGUUCAGCUACGAGGACUAGGGGUAGACGAACAGCACCAGCAGGUAGUACUACCAGAGGGAAACAGUCCUACAGCACAUCAUCUGCUUCACAGGCUGUAGAACAACUACCAGGUGGAGGUGAGGGCAUGAAGAUAUCUUCAUCAGGUGGAGGUGUAUUAAGAGCAUCAGCAACAGCUUCUAGAACUGCCACAGCUCAAUGUUUGGGAGCACCUCGUCCACUCUCAAGUUGGGAUGCUCCGCUCAGUCUUGAGAGCCGUCCUCAAACAAGGAGAGCAUUACAACGAGUCGUCAAAUCUCAAGCUCUGGUGAGCUCACAGUUGCGGUCGUUGAAGCAGAUACGUUCCAUCCUCGAGGCUGACCGUGAGAAAUGGCGGUCUGAGUGGAAAAGCUGCGAUGCAAACGGAGAGCAGGCUUAAGACUCCUUGUCCUUACCACUUUUACUGAAAAUGUAUCUCUAGUACUUAUGCACCACAUCCUUGCUCCCACUUCUAAAAUGAAAAUGAAAAUGUAUCUCUAGUACUUAUGCACAUCCUUGCUCUUCAAGAAUACGUAACAAGUAUCCGUGUAGCCUUGAUACAUAGCUGCUCUAACAAGCACGGCUUUUACAGGAAGUGAAACAGGUCCUAGAUGAUCGCGCUAGGAAAUUGAACGAAGACGCUAGAGCGGCUAAAGCAUCAGGCAAGGCUUUGGCUGGACAAAAAGCAUCUCUCGAGAGGGAAAUGGAAAUCAUAGAAAAGUGGGAACAGGAGAACCUCAAUGACGAUGCUAUCAAUAGAGCAGGACUAUCAGAUGUCCCUCUUUUUGCUGAUACAACUCUUGCGGGAGGUGGUGGCGACUUGUUCCAAGAUCCGAUGGACCCAGAUAGCGGAUUCUGCUCUCCACAGUUAAGGCUAGUUUAUCACUUCUAUCCCAUGUGAAAUAGGCUGAGGCGAGUCUUCUCGGAUUCAAAGGGCAUUACAUAGUAAGGGGGAAAUAAAAGGGGAACUCCAAGUCCAACUCACUCAACCAGGCAGAGGGAAAUGAAACAAUCGUUAACACAAGAACGCGAGGAUGUGGAAAUGGGCAUGGAACAAGGAGAUGAGAUCAUGAGCGGAGGAGGAGGCUUUACUUAAGGCUACAACCGCUGAAGCAUUCAGAUCCACCUCGCCGUCAUUCUACUUGGCUAUUUUUCCACUUGAAAAACAAGGCUCCAAGUGGGAUGCUCCCAAGGAUGCCGAUGCGGUAGCUCUAAUUUACCCAUCGUUUUGCACCUCCAUCUCGCGGCAGCACCGCACCAAGACGGACGGCGAAUAAUCUCACAACCCGAGGAGGGACUGGAUCUGGGAUGACGAGAAGUCUGAACGGGAGGCCGAUGAUGAGGAACUCUAUAGGUGGAGUGACUUCAAAUUUAAGACUGGUUCUUUGGCUGAAGACUUGUUAAAAAUCACAUAGAGAAAAAUGAAAUUAUAAUAAACAUGUUGUCCAAGACCUUGAAGACAAUGACAUGUGGCUCUUUUAGUUACGUUUCCAUUCUAUAAUUCGUACGUACCUCGACCUCAUCUUCAAGCCCACCUUCAUCUUCUAAAAAUACAAAUCCGUCCUGCAACUGCUCGUGCCUGGAGAGACAGCAGUGAUCGUCGUGAAGCCGUCCUAGAGGCAUUGGAGUACAACACAAGAAUAGCCCAACGAGAAGAAGAAGACUACACACGUCGCUAUGGCUACCGCUGAAGCAUCCCCAACGCCAUCCUACUUGGCUCUUUUUCUACUUGCUCAAAGAUCAUUCUAUAUCAGGGACUUCCAAAUGGAGCGAGCACUCUUAUUUUUUGAAGUACAUUCAUACUUACUGGCGUAAAAUGUUGAAGUACGUUCAUAAUUCAAAUACUUACUUAAUCUUAGAACUGACGCGGAUUCACUCAUACUUACUUAAAAAUCAUUACGCCAAGGAUCAUGUUGCUCCCAACAAGGAUGCCACCAGUGCGGUUGUAGCUCUAACGUCGAUGGCGUAAAAUGUUGGACUCGAGGAUCCUCGCUAGUGCCGAACAACGCGAUAUUCGUGUUGAGGAACAAAAAUUGAAGAACACGAUCACACAAUUACGGGCCGUUGGAGGAGGAGUAGGUACUUGUGUCCUUUCUCGUUGUAUCGACAUGAUUUUUUCUAGAUGAUUUACUCAAUCAAUCAAUCGUCCGAAGGAGAGCGUGCCGAAGGUUCUCGCUCUGAAGACAACUACUGCAACACUAGUUGAACAAGAACUCCUUCUUAUCUAAGUAUAUAUUCUUCUUCCUGUAGUACAGUCCCACUUCCAAUGACCUUCCUCUUGUUCAUCAUGCGUUUUUAUUGUGUAAAGAGUAAGCUCCCAUCUACUAUCCUCUUCCUCAUUGUGUAAGUAAGCUUCCAUCUACUAUCCUCUUCCUUUUUACUAGGCACCUCCAGCGACAUUCCAGCGCGUUCCCUAUCACCGCAGCGCAAUUACGAGAUAACGAAGUCUCUAGACUCCUGGGCCGAGCAUCGCAGAGAAUUACGCGCGAAACUCUCAGCGCAUGCCAGUGAAAUGAGGAGUAUAGCUUGCGAAGCCAAGGCCUUAAAACAUCGCGCUUGGUCUGCAAGAAGGCAUGAGAAAUAGAGGAGAAGGUAGGUCGUGGUACCACCUGUAAAUAGAACGUGGUGAAGAACGUUGUACUUAAGGUUGAGUACCCGAUGAACUUUUUUUUUGUCUUUCUCUUUUGAUCCAUUAUUUUUGAUUAUAGCAAAUUCUAAGCCCAUGAUUAUAUAUAAAUACUUAAACAAAUACAGAAACAAAUUGACGCCAUCAAGCAGUUGUAGUUACUAGAUGAUACUGCAGAAGACGUUAGUAGAGCGACACCCGGACUCGCUCAGUACUGGGGACAUAAUCUAGAAUUUUACAGUCUAAAAAUACCGAUCAUGAUUCAACAGUUGUACGUGGACUCGACAUGAACAGUACUACUAGUAAAGUUUCUCUUUCAAUCACGAAUCCUAACCUACACGACGACGACGUGUAGUACACUACAUUUGCUGAUGUAGCCAGUAGCUUCAUCAGCGUGACUUAGUUUUGAAUAGCGGGAAGUCUUUUUCAUUUUCGUUGUUUUUGUAAUCUUUGAGGUGGACGACAAAUAGUGAAUACUCCUGCUCGGUUAUCGUGAUUACAAGAGUGCACGCAUUCAAUAGUACAUGGUGAUGGUUUCCAUGCUUUUGCUUACUAAAUAAAAUCAAAAUGUCUUUCUCUUACUUUGUCUUACUUAGUUUCGUAGGGUCUUUCUUUUCGACUUGCUAUCACAUAACAAUGGUAACGAAAAGCAACCUGCUAACAUCGAUUACUGCAUGUAUGCGUAUCGUAUGAGUAUUUCAUAUCUCAUGUAGAUUUUCAUUUUUUCGUAGCAAUGCCUUCUAACCGUGGAAAUAUCAUGGAAAAAUGAACGCUGUAGUGAUUGUGAUGACGUUGUUUUUUAUAAAGUUGUCCUCGCUGCAUAGACAUAGAUGUUGACGCGAGUGGACCUGUCUCUUAUUUUUCAUGUAAUGCAACGAACGAUAGAUUUUGCUUCCUUGCUUCGUAUCUUACAACAAGAAACAUCACACUCAGACUCACAGAAUGGUUUCAGCAGCGUACCUAUGAUUUUGAUUCUUAUAAUGGUCUUGUUGUACAGGAUGAAGUGGUGGUGGUCAGCUGUAGAAAAGUGCUGCUCGUUCCGCUGUAAUGUAGGUCAGCCGUCGUAGAGUGAACUAAAGCUUCAAGUCUCUGUAAGCCGUUGAAAAGAACUUGCUCAAAGUUGAGUCAAGCUGUAAGUUAGAGGUGGAGUCGGUGGAUGUACAGCCACCACUUCAUCCAGGCGAUACCACUCAUCCAGGCGAUGAGUACAAUCAGAAUCAAUCGAAAAUAGAUUUCUUGAUGCUCUC